AACACUUCCGGUUCCGGUGGAGAUGUUUAUUUACUGAACAUGGCGGUUAGCGAAUUAAGUUUAGAGUCUGUUUUAAACUUUAUGAUAGAAACUGGUGGGAAAUGCACUAACAAAGAACUUGUAACUGGUUUUAAACAGUUUCUUGAAGAUCCAACUAAUAAAGUAAAAAACCGUGAAAAAUUCAAGGAGUUUGUAAAUACUCUGUCGCAUGUUAAAGAUGAUAAGAGUGGUAAUAAGUACCUUGUUCUUAAAAAGCAAUACCGUUCAAACAAACUUCUUGGAAAUAAGAUCUCUCAUUUUGAACCACAAUCCCCUCCAGCAACACAUGCGUCUGCACCAACAUCACAUGAAGGCGAAAAGACUGACAAUGUUCUCCGACAGAGCAAGCGAGCCAAAUCAGAGCCACCUAACAUGCAACUGUCAGCUGGUGUUCAAAUAACCAUCCAAGAACCACAAUCAGAAACCGAUGAAACCAUUUCCAAGAGCCAAAGUGAAAAUAAUUUACAAAACAAUAAAUCUCCAAAUCUUGGACAAAGCAGCAACACUGCCUCUACAUCAUCAGUUGCCUCAACAGCAUCUGAAAAAGACACAUCUGACGGUGCUCCAUCCAGUAUCAGAAGCGUUAAGGACCAAGCCAAACAUCUGAACAGACUACAAUCAGAAAGUGACCUGCUGAAACUAAGUAGCCGAAAGCAUGACAAAUCAAAAUCUGACAAAAAUAAAGAUGGUGCUGAUGAUGAUGAUGCAAAUUCCUCUGGUGGAUUUGUCACACUCUCUCCAGAGCAAAAAGAAUGGAUGAAGCUGUCAGCUAAAUGUGAUUAUCAAGAACUAAGUAAACUUCUAUCAAAAAAUCCGUCCCUUGCUAAAGAGAGGAGUUUUAUUAAUGUAAGUAAAGAAAUUGUCUCCAUUCUAAUUAUCAUAAUGCUUUAACAUUAUUUUCCAGUC